AGAUGAUAUGAAUAGGGAGAAAAUUGGGAGCAGCAGGAGUAGUAUGGUGUUACGGAUUGGAAAAGGAGAAUGGACAAAAAGAUUGUGACCUCACUUCCUGGUAAAUAUCAGUCCCAAAGACGUUGCCUGUGGUUACCAGUUGCCUUUUCUUUCCUUCUGUUAUCAGUGUUGUAAAGUUUUACAGCACUCACCUCAUGGGGGUUUAAGGUUCAACACACCUUAGCUGCAUGGUCCUUUCCUCUUUCCGGAUAUGUUAAGAGUCCGAGUAAAGAUCAGGACUGACGUUUGGAACAUAAACAGGUUGAGGGGGUUUAUCUGAAAGCUGAAUGUCCACGCACCACACAGUAAUCAUGUUUAAUCCAACAAAAGAUGAUAUAUAUGCAUAUGCAUUGUCGAAGACCUUGACAAAAGUUUCAUCACCUGCCACUGUAGGACUCUACUCUUCAUGUCAGAAUCGACUCAACAUGAUCCUCGGACAAAUGGAAGUGUACAUGAAGCAGGAAGCGUCGAGGAUUGAGCAGGAAUACAAAGGAAGGUUCCGGCCUCGCUCAGCUAGACCAUCAAUCGGCGGUUUUCUAGCUCUCAUUGGAAGAAUGCUCUUCUACAGACCCAUUUGGACAGAGGACAAUCAGCAGCACCAUAACGUCAGAUUCAUUUAUGUACAUUUUAGUGCGUGGCAUUUUGCAGGCAGUGACCUGCUGUGGGCCGGGCUAGCCAUACGGCUGUUUCAGGCCAUGCAGAUGAGCUUUGGGAAAUUACAGAUUGUACUCUAUCGUGUGGCUCAACAUGAUGAAGAAAUGGAAGUCCAGAAUAAGGAUUUUAACUAA